AUGAUCUACGAGAACCCUAUAGUACCAGGCUUUGCGCCUGAUCCAUCUGUGGUAAUGGUGGAGAGCGUGUUUUACCUUGUGAAUUCAUCAUUCCAUCUCUAUCCGGGACUGCCGAUCUAUGCCUCUCACAAUCUUCAAGAAUGGACACACAUUGGAAAUGCGAUCAAUAGGCCGAAUCAGCUAUCCCUAGCCAGAGCAGGAGUGGAUGGCUUCCCCAUCGGAGGAGGUCAGGCAAUCAUUGCCGCGACUGGGCUUUUUGCUCCAACAAUCAGAUAUCACAAGGGGACUUUUUGUAUAAUUUGCACGAAUGUGCGCAAGGAAGGCGAUCGACUCAACACACAAAACUUCUACGUAACCACCCACGAUAUCUGGGCGGAUCAGUGGAGCGAUCCAAUCUACUUUGAAUUUGAAGGGAUAGAUCCCAGUCUCUACUUUGAUGAGGACGAUCACGUCUAUAUCCAAGGAUCAUGGCAUGCAGGACCACUGGGCAACCCGACGUGUUCCAUCCGUCAGUUUGAAGUGGAAAUAACCACGGGCAAGCCUCUGUCUGAGAUCAAAACCAUUUGGACAGGCCAUCUAAGCAAAGGCGAUGUCGAGGGACCUCACAUUUACAAGAAAGACGGCUACUACUAUCUCAUGGCAGCAGAAGGUGGAACCUGGCAACAUCACUGUAUCACAAUUUCGCGUUCAACCCACAUCUGGGGCCCUUAUGAGAGUUACGCAGCAAAUCCUAUCUUGACCGGAGAUGGCACAGAUGAGUAUGUUCAGCAUACUGGACAUGGUGACCUCUUUGAAGAUGCAAGUGGAAAUUGGUGGGCUGUUCAUCUGGGCAUUCGUAAUGAAGAAAACAGGAGAGCUCCGAUGGGUCGCGAGACUUUUCUCACCCCAGUCCACUGGUCAGAAGGAGAGUGGCCUCGAAUUCAACAGACUCGUAUCUCAUUCAACUCAGUGGAAAUUGAAGGCGGUCAAAAUCUGGCUCUGGAGACAUUCAAGAAGAAUGGGCCUACGGAUAAAGGCUUCCUUUAUCUUCGAACUCCCCAAUUAUCCGACUAUAAAAUUUCUUUCGAUCGGAAAAUGAUCUCACUCGUGGCACGAGCCAACAAUUUGUCAGUUGGAGAGGGAACGGCUUCAUUUCUUGGUCAACGUCAGCGGGGUCUGACUUGCACUGCCUUUGCCACUCUCCAUCUGCAGCGAGAUCAACUUCAGAAAGGCUCAGUGUCUUUGACAAAGGCUGGAUUGUCAGUGUUUAAAGACGACAUUAGACACAUUGAUUCAUACUACGACUUUGCGACCGACUCAAUAUAUGUCGCCCACACAAAUAAGCUCAAGAGCAAGACCAAUUCCGCCAUUCUCAGUUCACAUCCAGCAGCAGAAGAUACAGAACUUAUAAUUUUUGAGAUACGGGCCUCUCCGAAUAAAUAUGAGUUCUUUUUCCGGGAAGUUCAAAAAGAUAUUGAAGAUUCUUCAUCCGCAACAGACUGGGUUUGUGCUGGAUCAGUGGACACCAUCGAAAUGACGGCUUUGGAUUUUACUGGCCCUUGUUUUGGCAUUUUUGCGACUAGUCCAGAGCAAUCAGAGGACGAUGAACCCAAAAGAAGUAUUCCAGAGGUUUUGUUUGGGGAUUUUAAGGUUAUCAAGUUGUCAUAG